AUGCCGACGCGCGUGGUGGCGUCAUCACCAUCGCUCUUCGAGAGGGGAAGCGACGAGACCGGCUCGGCUGUGCUGUGCUCCCCACCCUUCUUCGCCGCCUCCUCCUCUUUUCUGGCGGCGCCAGGGCGCUCUGUGGGGGCCGCCACCAUGAUGAGGCGGAACAGGGCCGAAGUCGACCGUUACGUGACCUCGCUGCAGGCCUCGGCGUCUUCUCCCAGAGAGAAAUCCAUGAAAGGAUUCUUUUUUGCCAAGCUCUACUAUGAAGCAAAGGAAUAUGAACUUGCUAAAAGGUACAUAUCUACCUACCUUGGUGUCCAAGAAAGAGAUCCCAAGGCACACAAAUUCUUGGGACAACUCUAUGAAGUGGAAGAUAAUGUAGAGAAAGCUGUAGGUUGUUACAAGCGUUCAGUGGAGUUGAACCCAACACAAAAAGAUCUUAUACUGAAAAUCGCAGAACUACUAUGCGAUAAUGACAUUACUGAUGGUAGAGCAAAAUAUUGGGUUGAAAGAGCAGCUAAACAGUUUCCUGGAAGUCCUUUGGUUUUCCGACUCAAGGAACGUCUCUUGGAUUCCAAAAGUGAGGAUGGGUGGAAUCAACUGUUUGAUUUGAUCCAGUCAGAACUUUAUGCCAGACCAGAUGACAUAUAUGUUAAUAUCAGAUUAGUGAAACUGUACAUGUCCAACAAAAGACUUAAAGAUGCUGUGGCACAUUGUCAGGAAGCAGAGAAGAAAAUUUCCUUGCAGUCAAGUUUGGAGUGGUGUUCAUGUGUUGUACAGACACUUAAGGAAUAUCUGGCAUCUGUGGAGGAGUCAGAAUCUGAUAAAGGUAAUUGGAGGAAGAUACAUCGUGAUCUUUUGUUGGCCUACUCCAAUCUGGUUGUCAUGACACUUUCAAGCAGAGGUGUCGAGGAAAGCAGAGAAUCCCUUGAAAGUUUUGAUCAUGCUCUUCAUUCGGUGAAGCCACACACAAAUGGAGUUGAUGAACUUUCUGUAACUUUCUUGGAGAUGAGAGGCCACUUCUAUAUGCAUGCAGGAACGUUGCUUUUGAAAAUGGCCCAGCAAAGCGAGAUGCAAUGGAGAGCUGUUUCCGAAUUGGCUGCUUUGUGUUACCUUCUAUCUUUUCAGGUUCCAAGACCGAAAUCGAAACAAAUAAAAGGAGAUCAAGCUGAACAAGAAAGGCUAGAAAUAUUAGCCUGUGACCGACUAAGCCAGUCUGGACAUAUGCUAUUAAAUCUGAGCUAUGGCAAGCCAGACUUCUUCAAGGAGGUUGUUGAAUCAUUUGCAAACAAGAGUGGCCAGUCAACUUUAUUUGAAGCAUUAUUUGGGAGUGAUUCCUCUCGAGACAGCUCGUUCCUUGGCUCUGAUGAUAUUAGGAAUGUUGGUGUACAAGGUCCAGAAUGCAUAGAAUUAACUAGAUAUGAUAUCGGUGCCAUUAGAGCUCACAGUGGUAGUCUUCAACAUUUAACAUGGCUGGGUCUGCACUGGAAUUCACUACCAACGCUAGAAGUAAUUCGCAAAUGGUUAAAACAGCUUUUCCAUCUGCCCCAAGAAACAUCAAGACUUGAGACGAAUGCUCCUGAGUCAAUUUGCAUGUUAGAUCUUGAAGUGUUUCUUCUUGGAGUGAUAUUCACCUGCCACUUGCAAUUAAAAGAGAAGUUUAAUACUCAGUACUCCUUGCAUCAACCUCGAUUCCUGCCACUGCCUAUAUACAAACAGCUUUGUACUGAGAGGCAAAGGGCCUGGUGGGAUGCUGUAUAUUCUGUAACUCACAAACGAGCUGUGCCUGGGACAGCAGCAAAAGUGAGACUUCUAGUUCAACAUGAGAUAAGUAUCCUCAGAGCUUUAGGAAAACAUGGUCUUCAACCAGCCCUGAUUGUACAUUGGGCAAAAAGCCUCCUUAAAACAGGCUGUGGUCUUAAUUCAUUCUAUGACCAAAGAGAAUACAUUGGACGAAGUAUUUAUUAUUGGAAAAAAGUUCUGCCAAUGCUGGAGACAAUCAGGAAGAAGCGGAGUAUUUCUGAACCAAUUGACCCUUUGUUCAAGCAUUUUCAUAGUGAAGACAUCCAGGUUUCUCAGGUUGACGAAUAUGAAGAAGAAGCACGUAUAGCUUUUGCUGUUUUGGAUGCCGUGGAUGGAAAAACAGAGGAUGCUACACAAGCAUUUGAAGCCAUUAAAAAUGUUGUUGCCUAUUGGAAUCUCGCUCUGAUUUAUCAGAGGAAAGCUGAAGAGAUGGAAAAUGAUGGCUUGUCACUAGAAGAACAAGAGGAAUACAGGAAUCAUCUAAAGAAGAGCAGGGACUAUCUCGUAAAAAUAAUUAAUGAAAGCUGUACAGACACUUCAGUAACUGAAAAGUUACCUGUAUCCAUAAAGACAGUUAAGGAGAUGCUGGAUUGUGUAAUGCAGGAACUUGGGGAGAGUGAAGAAGAGCCAUGUCUUCCUUUAAACAAUGAUUUGAGCCAACCAGCAGAAGCAGAAAUAAAACAUUCUACUCCAUCACCAACAAAAUAUUCUUUAUCUCCAAGUAAAGGCUACAAGUUCUCUCCCAAAACACCCCCUCGAUGGGCAGAGGACCAAAAAUCUCUUCUUCAGAUGAUCUGUCAACAAGUAGAAUCUAUUAAGAAUGAGAUGCAAGAAAUGAAGCUAAAUAAUUCAAAUACAAACAUGUCUCAUCGGUGGCCUUCUGAAAGUUAUGGAACAGAGACUAUGUCAGAUGGUUAUCAAGGAGCACAGAACUUUCAUGGAGCCCCUUUGACUGUUGCUACAACAGGUCCAUCUGUAUACUACAACUCAUCACCAGCUUAUAAUUCUCAAUAUCUUCUAAGGACUGCAGCCACCAAUGUGACCCCCACAAAGGCUCCUGUCUAUGCCAUGAAUAGGCUUACGCCUCAGCAGCAUAUCUACACAUAUCAGCAGCCAAUGCAUACUCCUCCACUGCCAAACACAUCUGCGUGUAUGUUUUCACAAGAAAUGUAUGGUACUCCACUGCGCUUUGAUUCUCCUACAACUGGGAUUUUGUCUCCCCGUGGGAAUGAAGACUAUUACAAUUACAGUGUGCCACAAACAAGCACUAACCCACCAUUACCUGAGCCAGGCUAUUUCACAAAGCCUUCAGCAGCCCCCCCUGCUUCCAAAUCUGCAGAAUCAAAAGUGAUUGAAUUUGGGAAGCCUAAUUUUGGGCAGCCGAUACCAGCCGAGGGAGCAAAAUCAUCUUCAUUGAUGGCCUCUGCUCAGUCCACUCAGCCAACUACUUUCAAGUUUAAUUCCAACUUCAAAUCUAAUGAUGGUGAUUUUACUUUUUCAUCGCCUCAGGUUGUAACACAGCCUCAUGGUACAGGCUACAGUAACAGUGACAGUCUUUUGGGGCUUUUGACAUCAGACAAACCUAUCAAAGAAGAUCGAUACACUGGGCAGAAACCACUUGCUGAAUGUUCUGCAGGGCAACGUAGCAUCUUCAGUUUUGGUGGCAAGAAUGCUUCGGCCAUUUCAUUUACAGAUAAAAUGGGUCCAAAUCAGCCCAAGCCUUCUGGGCUUGGAAAAGGGGAAGCAUUUAGUUUUCAGGAACCUGGUAGGCCCAUAUUUGGUCCUCCAAACUCAGACGUAGCAAAUAGAAGUCAUGAGACAGAUGGAAGUCUUCACGGUGGAGAGGAGGAGGAGGAUGGACCUCAUUUUGAACCUGUUGUGCCAUUACCUGACAAGAUUGAAGUGAAAACAGGCGAGGAAGAUGAAGAAGAGAUUUUUUGUAACAGAGCAAAACUCUUCCGUUUUGACACUGAAUGCAAAGAAUGGAAAGAGAGGGGUGUUGGUAACGUUAAAAUUCUGAAGCAUAAAAUCACUGGCAAGAUCCGUCUUCUAAUGAGACGGGAACAAGUACUGAAGAUUUGUGCAAAUCACUACAUCAAUCCUGACAUGACUUUGAAACCAAAUGCUGGAUCAGAAAAAUCAUUUGUAUGGCAUGCGUUGGACUAUGCAGAUGAAUUGCCCAAACCUGAACAGCUUGCCAUCAGAUUUAAAACACCAGAGGAAGCAAUGCUUUUCAAGAGCAAGUUUCAAGAAGCCCAGAAUAGUUUGAAGGGUUCUGGAACAGACAUUAGUCAACAGGCUGCACAGAGUGUUGAGUCCUCAAGAGAAAAUACUCGUUGGGAUGUAAGUGGUUCUGGUAAACCUAAUCCUGGACUCUUGAGCUCAGGAUUCCAAUUCAAGAGUGGAACCUCCACUGCUAUUGGUAACUCUCAGGUUCCUGGCCCUGAUUUAAGCAAUGCAACAAAGAACACAAACGCCAAAAGCACUUUCACAAUUACAUCAAGUGGAGCUACCCCUGCAUCCUUUUCCUUUGGUGAGGAAGUAUUGGGAACACACCCUACACAUGGAUUUGGCGAACAGUUCAUGUUAAAGAAAGAUCAGUGGGAGUGUAACACUUGCCUUGUUAGAAAUAAAAUUACUGCACAGAAUUGUGUCGCAUGCCAGACUCCAAAUCCACAGCCUGCGCUGCUUCCAGCAGAUUCCGUAUCUUUCAAACCGACUCCUGAAGUGACACAGGGUACAUUUGGACUAACUUCUACCAAAAAAGACAACCCAUGGGAAUGCAGGGUGUGUUCUAUGGGAAACGAAGCCAGCGCAUCUCACUGUAUUAACUGCAAGAAUCCUAGUGGAAUUAACACAUCCGUAUUUGCUCCUCAGCCUGGCUUCAAAUUUGGCCAAAUUGACACUUCAAAGGUCUCCCAAAGUGGGUUUGGUUCUGCCUUUAUGAAAAAGGAGGGCCAGUGGGACUGUAGUGUAUGUCUAGUACGAAAUGAAGGCUCUUCACCAACUUGUGCAGCAUGUCAGACUCCAAAUCCAUCCAGUAGUGUUCCAGUUCCACCUCCUAGUGCUCCACAGCCUGUGUUUGGAUUUAAAAACAAAUUAUCUGAAACCUCUGGAGGACCGCAGGGAACUGGCUUUAAAUGUGACAUUACAGAUAAAGGUUUUAAAUUUGGCCACCCCACAGAACAAGGAAAGUCUCCCUUCACAUUUCAGAUUCCUACUAGUACUGAAGCUAAGCCUCUAAAAGGAGGAUUUAAUUUUGCAAUGCCUGUGCCUUCAGGAGAAUUUAAAUUUGGAAUACAAGAGCCUACUAAAGAUGUUGCAAAAGAACAGAGUAAAGAAGGCGGGCCCUUGAAAGGUCUUGAAGAAGAAGCAAAGACUUUUGAGGGAAAUGCUCUAGCCAAAUCACAUGAUGCAUCUAGCAAACAACACGGUGAUUUAGUUUUUGGCCAACAUAGUAGCACUUUCACUUUUGCUGACCUUGCAAAAACUGGGGAAGGGUUUAAAUUUGGCCAUCAAGAUCCAGACUUCAAAGGCUUUUCAGGUGCUGGUGAAAAGCUGUUUUCUUCCCAAGGUGCUAAAACAUGUUCCAAGGCAAAUACGUCUACUGAUCUUGAGAAGGACGAUGAAGCAUAUAAGACAGAAGACAGUGAUGAUAUUCAUUUUGAACCUGUUGUUCAGAUGCCUGAAAAAGUGGAACUUGUCACAGGUGAAGAAGAUGAAACAGUGUUAUAUUCACAAAGAGUUAAACUUUUUAGGUUUGAUGCAGAUGUUAGCCAGUGGAAAGAGCGUGGUGUGGGCAACUUGAAAAUUCUUAAGAAUGAAGUCAAUGGCAAACUACGAAUGCUCAUGCGGCGUGAGCAGGUAUUGAAGGUUUGUGCUAACCACUGGAUCACAACUACCAUGAACUUGAAGCCCCUCUCAGGAUCAGACAAAGCAUGGAUGUGGUUAGCCAGUGACUUCUCUGAUGGGGAUGCCAAGCUGGAACAGUUAGCAGCCAAAUUCAAAACUCCAGAGCAGGCUGAGGAAUUCAAACUGAAAUUUGAAGAAUGUCAGAGACUAUUGCUGGAUAUACCACUCCAAACCCCCCACAAACUCGUAGAUACUGGGAAAACAGCAGAGCUCAUACAGAAAGCUGAAGAAAUGAAAAGUGGAUUGAAAGAUCUCAAAACUUUCCUGACAGAUGAAAAAACUAAACUUGCAGAUGAAGAGGGUAAAAACUCUACAUCUAUCACAAACACUUCAGAUUUGAUUAUAAAGCCACAUGCUGAAAGUACUGGGCCUACAUUAGAGUGGGAUAAUUAUGACUUACGUGGAGAAGCACUGGAUGAUGGGACAGAUAAUUCUAUGUUUGGAUUGCCCCGGGCUAGUAGCCCUGUGAGGAAGAAUCUGUUUAGAUUUGGAGAGUCUACUACAGGGUUUAACUUCAGUUUCAAGUCUGCACUAAGUCCUUCAAAAUCCCCUUCCAAACUGAAUCAAAGUAGGACUUCUGUAGGCACUGAUGAGGAAUCUGAUGCUACCCAAGAAGAUGAAAGAGAUGGGCAGUACUUCGAACCUGUGGUACCUUUACCUGACCUUGUGGAAGUAACAAGUGGAGAAGAGAAUGAGCAGGUUGUCUUCAGUCACCGAGCUAAACUGUAUAGGUUUGAUAAAGAGGCUAAUCAGUGGAAAGAGAGAGGUAUUGGAGACAUAAAGAUCCUACAGAACUAUGACACGAAACAAGUUCGUGUAGUCAUGAGGCGGGACCAAGUGCUAAAGCUUUGCGCCAAUCAUAGGAUAACACCAGAUAUGGGCAUCCAACAGAUGAAAGGCACAGAGCGAGCGUGGGUAUGGACAGCUUGUGACUUUGCUGAAGGUGAAAGGAAAAUGGAGCUCUUGGCUGUACGAUUUAAACUCCAGGAUGUGGCUGACUCUUUUAAGCAGAUUUUUGAAGAAGCAAGACAUGCUCAAGAAAAAGACACCCUAAUCACACCGCUCUCAUCACGUGCCAAUACCCCAAAAGAAUCUCCAUGUGGAAAGAUGGCUGUUGCAGUAUUGGAGGAAACCACCAGGGAACGGACUGAUUUAAAGCAGGAUGAGGAAACUGUUAUACAAACUGCAGAGCCGUCGGUGGUGGUGAGCCCAACUGAGACGCCAACAAAAGCCGUGGUUUCACCACCCAAGUUUGUCUUCGGCUCAGAAUCUGUGAAAAGUAUUUUUAAUAAUGGAAAAUCAAAGCCUUUCACAUUUGGGAAUACAUCAGCAACAGGCUCUCUCUUUGGCUUUAGUUUCAAUGCUCCUCCCAAGAACCAAAGUGACAGCUCAGGAUGUGAGCCAGAGAACUCACAUGACACAACGACUUGCAAGCCUGAUGAAUGUCAAGAGAGUGGUGCUGCUGGUUGGAAAUCUUCAGGUGGCAAAAGAGAUGCUGAAGGAGCUACUUCAAAAGUAGAAGCACUUCCUAACUUUUCAUUUAAAAUAUUGGAAAAAGCAGUUGAGAUUAAGAAAGUACCAGAUACAGACACAUCAGAUGAUGUGUUUAUUGUAUAUGAAGCAACACCCACUACUGAGCAAAGAGCCCUUGCAGAGUCACUUAGAUUACCUCCAACAUUCUUUUGCUACAAAAACAAACCUGGGUAUCUGAGUGAAGAUGACGAUGAUGAGGACUAUGAAACAGUUGUGAAAAGGCUUAAUGGACAGUUAUAUCCCGAAGAGCCCGAAAAGCAUGUGAAACUACAAGAAAAAGAUCAAGGAGAAAAUGAAGCAGAAAGUAAGAAUGAGUGUGUUCUCGUAUGGGAAAAGAAGCCAACUCCUGAAGAAAAAGCCAAAGCAGAGAUUCUGAAGCUUCCUCCAACCUUUCUUUGUGGUAUCAGCAGUGAUACUGAUGAAGACAAUGAGAACUUGGAAGACUUUCAAACAGAACUUAGAAAAGUUCAAGAGGCUAAAGAAGCUCAAGUAGAAGAAGUAACCAGUUCAACAGAUGACACAUGCGUCACUAAGGAAGAAGAGCUUGUUGUAGGAGUUAGUAGAAGUGAAGAACCAGCUUCCACUACAAGUAAAGCUGAAGGACCAGAUUCUACCACCAAACCUAUACACACGAUACAGGCUUUAUUAGGAACCGAUGACAAGCCUGUUGAUUUGUCAACUAAAAAGGAAAAUGAUUCCAGUUCUGUCACUUCCACAGACCAAGAAAAUAAACCUUUUUCAUUUGCCCUUGGCAACAUACCUGGCCUGUCAUUUGCUGACCUGGCUUUGAAUAAUUCUGGGGAUUUUGCUUUUGGUUCUAAAGAUAGCAACUUCAAGUGGGCAGAUACAGGAGCAACUGUAUUUGGAGUUCAGUCGGUCACUAAAGGAGAUAAUGAAGAAGAUGGAAGUGACGAAGAUGUUGUACAUAACGAUGAGAUUCACUUUGAGCCAAUAGUAUCUCUGCCAGAAGUUGAGGUGAAGUCAGGAGAAGAAGAUGAAGAAAUUAUCUUCAAAGAGAGAGCCAAACUAUACAGAUGGGACAGAGAUGUCAAUCAGUGGAAGGAACGUGGUGUUGGAGAAAUAAAGAUUCUAUUCCAUACACAGAAGAAGUGUUACAGAAUUUUAAUGAGAAGGGACCAAGUUCUCAAAGUCUGUGCAAAUCACAUUAUCACAAAAACAAUGGAUUUAAAACCCCUGAACACUUCAAAUAAUGCAAUGGUUUGGACUGCAACAGAUUAUGCUGAUGGUGAAGCUAAGAUAGAACAGCUUGCUGUCCGAUUUAAAACUCAAGAUUUGGCAGAUGCAUUCAAGAGGAGAUUUGAAGACUGUCAGCUAAACCUGUCAGGGUUGCAGGAGGGUCAUAUAUCGCUGACGACAGAGUUGUCAAAGGAAACUAACCCUGUGGUCUAUCUUGAGGUUUCUGCUGAUGAUGAGCCUUUGGGGCAUAUAACCAUAGAAUUGUUUUCAAAUAUUGUUCCUCGAACAGCUGAGAACUUCAGGGCAUUAUGCACUGGAGAAAAGGGUUUUGGAUUCCGGAACUCUGUAUUUCACAGGAUAAUUCCAGAUUUUGUCUGUCAAGGAGGUGACAUCACUCGACACGAUGGCACAGGUGGAAAAUCAAUUUAUGGCAAUUCGUUUGAGGAUGAAAACUUUGAAGUAAAACACACUGGACCUGGCUUACUGUCAAUGGCAAAUCGUGGCAGAGACACCAAUAAUUCUCAAUUCUUUAUUACCCUCAAAAAGACAGAGCAUUUGGACUUUAAACAUGUUGUAUUUGGUUUUGUAAAGGAUGGUAUGGAUAUUGUGAAAAAAAUGGAAUCCUUUGGCUCUCCUACUGGAGCAGUGUCCAAAAGGAUUACAAUUACAGACUGUGGGCAAAUAUAAAAGCAUUGCUUUAACAGGUAUGCAGAUUAGACUAUCAUUGUCCAGAAAGUUUAGACAAAAUUAUGUUCAGCUUUUAAAAUAAAAAUUGAACAUUUCUCCAUGUAUAAAUGUAAAAUUCCAGCUUAUAGCUGAGUACUUUUUUAAAAACGUGUUUCAAUUGACUAUGCAUGUUGUGAAAUAAAAGUGCAAACACUGGUAAAUUUCAGGUGUAUUUUUGUUUCCUCCUGAUUUUUGUAUUAAAUAAUUUAAAAUGAAAUUUGAAGAAUCUGAAGUUCUGUCAUUCUGGCUGUGUGUAUUUCCCAGUUUAACUGAUAAAUAAAAUCAGUAACUAGUUCAUGA